AUGAAUUUUAUUCUUCAAUUGUUGAAUGAUAGUGUUGGGAAGUCAUCUGUUAGUGGGGCAGAUGUCGAAUGUUUGUUAAAAUCUCAUGAGUCUCGCACAAGGACUCUAGUUGAAGAUGUCGAUAAACAUAUUGAUGAAAUGUUGUCUACUCAUUAUCGUAGUUUUGAUUAUGAACUUCCAAAUUCUCAUGAUGCUAUUCAUGAGUGUCAUGUGAUACUUGAGAAGUUGGUGACUGAUUCAAAGGAUUCUAUUGAGUUGAAGAUAAAGGAGUUCACUAAAUUAUUUUCAAAAGAGGUUCAGAAAACUGAUACGUUUUGUGGUACUGUUACUCAGAAGGUUAGUUUGUUAACUGGAGGUACAACUCAUUUGGUGGAGGAUAUUUAUUCUUUCAAUACAGUUACUCUGGUGAACUGA